UGUACCUCAACUAGUGUCCGGCAAAAAAACAUACUCCAUCAAUCUUUGCUCAUCCUGUCCAAACCCUUCCAAAAUUCAAAACCCAGACAUGGAAUUUUCUCCAUCCUCCACCUUCUAUUCUCUGGCUCUCCUCCUCUUCAUCGCUCUCAAGCUCUUGUGGCGAUGGCUAAACCAACCCAAAAGCCUCCCACCAAGUCCACCUACCAUCCCCAUCAUCGGCCACCUCCACCUCCUGAAAUUCCCCCUCCACCACACCCUCCACGCCCUCUCCCAAACCUACGGCCCCAUCUUCUCUCUCCGCUUCGGCUCCCGCCAGGUGGUCGUCGUCUCGUCGGCGGAAGCCGUAGAAGAGUGCUUCACCACAAACGACGUCGCGCUCGCCGGCCGCCCAGCCCUUCUCGCCAGCAAGCACCUCGGCUACAACUGCACCUCCGUCGCCUCUGCCUCCUAUGGAGACCACUGGCGCAACCUACGCCGCAUCUGCACCCUCGAGAUCUUCUCCACCACCCGCCUCAACGGUUUCUUGCCCAUCCGGAGGGACGAAAUCAAGCGGCUCCUCCUGAAACUCCGCAAGAUAUCAUCCUGCGAUCAAGCGCCUGAUGAGGUCUUCACAAAGGUGGAGCUGCAAUCGAUGCUCUCCGAACUGCCGUUCAACAUCAUAGUGCGGAUGGUGGCCGGGAAGAGAUACUACGGCCAGGACGUGACCGACGCCGAGGAGGCAGCAUCGUUCCGGGAGAUGAUGACGGAGAUGCAGAGGUACGGCGGCGCUUCGAAUCCAGGGGACUUCUUGGGGGUUCUGAGGUGGGUCUUCAGGGGAUUCGAGAAGAAAGUGGUGAGGUUGAGCAAGAAAACGGACGCGUUCUUGCAAAACUUGAUUGAAGAACACAGAGGGGGAAAGGAUGAAAAUGGCGGUCGUGGUGGUAAUUUAGAGAGCAAGAACACUAUGGUGGAUCACUUGCUGGCGCUGCAGGAGUCUCAACCGGAGUAUUACACCGACCGGAUUAUUAAAGGGCUUAUGCUGGUUAUGAUUGUAGCCGGUACCGACACUUCAGCCGUGACGCUUGAAUGGGCAAUGUCGGAGCUACUCAACAAUCCUGAUGUUCUAAAGAAAGCUGCUGAGGAGUUGGAUAAUGUAAUUGGUGAGCAACAAUUGAUAGACGACGCCGACGCUUCGAAGCUUCCCUAUCUACAAAACAUUAUAUUGGAAACUCUGCGGUUACAUCCAGCAGCUCCACUUCUACUCCCACACAUGUCCUCCGAGGAUUGCUCCAUAGGUGGAUACAAUGUCCCUCAUGACACCAUAGUACUUGUCAACGCAUGGGCCAUUCACAGGGACCCGAAACUGUGGGAUGACCCAAAGAGUUUUAGGCCGGAGCGGUUUGAAAAUGGUGAAGUUGGACCCUACAAGUUGUUGCCGUUCGGGGUUGGAAGACGGGCAUGUCCUGGAGCGAACUUAGCCCACCGGGUCCUGAGCUUAACUUUAGGGUCUUUGGUUCAAUGUUUCGAAUGGAAGAGAGUGAGCAACGAACUGGUGGACAUGACUGAAGGAAGAGGCGUGACUAUGCCUAAGGUGGUGCCCUUGGAGGCCAUGUGCAAACCACGUACGAUCAUGGCCAAGAUUAUCGACCUGUGAGUAGCUAUCGACACAUUUGCUUGUCCUACUAUAUAUGUUUUUACCAAAUGUGUGAUGUAAUGAGACCUGAAAGUAUGGUAAAAUUUAAUCAGACAGUGCAGCGUAUUGAGACUCAUUUAUAACAUAUUGCUUAGUCUUUACA